AUGGAUGCUCUGCUGCAACUCUUUCCACCUCCAGCUCUGGUGCAACUCUUUCCAACUCUAACGCAGCUAUUUCCACCUGCAGCUCUGGUGCAACUCUUUCUACUUCCAGCUCUGGUGAAUCUCUUUCCCCCACCAGCUCUGGUGCUACUCUUUCCACCCAAGACUCUGGUGCAUCUCUUUCCACCUCCAACUCUGGUGCAUCACUUUUUACCUCUAGUACAGCUAUUUCCACCUCCAGCUCUGUUGCAACUCUUUCCACCUCCAGUUAUGGUGAAUCUACUUCCGUCUCUAGCUCCAGUGCAUCUCUUUCCACCUCCAGCUCUGGUGAAUCUCUUUCCACCUCCAGCUCUGGUGCAACUCUUUCCACCUCCAGCUCUGGUGCAUCUCUUUCUACCUCCAGCUCUGGUGCAACUCUUUCCACCUCCAGCUCUGGUGCAACUCUUUUCACCUCCAGCUCUGGUGCAACUCUUUUCAGCUCCAGCUCUGGUGCAACUCUUUUCACCUCCGGCUCUGGUGAAUCUUCUUCCACCUCCAGUCCAACUCUUUCCACCUCCAGCUCUGGUGAAUCUUCUUCCCCCUCCAGUGCAACUCUUUCCACCUCCAGCUCUGGUGCAACUCUUUUCACCUCCAGCUCUGGUGAAUCUUAUUCCACCUCCAGUCCAACUCUUUCCACCUCCAGCUCUGGUGAAUCUUCUUCCACCUCCAGUGCAACUCUUUCCACCUCCAGCUCUGGUGCAACUCUUUUCACCUCCAGCUCUGGUGAAUCUUAUUCCACGUCCAGUGCAACUCUUUUCACCUCCAGCUCUGGUGAAUCUUCUUCCACCUCCAGUGCAACUCUUUCCACCUCCAGCUCUGGUGCAACUCUUUUCCCCUCCAGCUCUGGUGCAACUCUUUUCACCUCCAGCUCUGGUGAAUCUUAUUCCACGUCCAGUGCAACUCUUUUCACCUCCAGCUCUGGUGCAACUCUUUUCACCUCCAGCUCUGGUGCAACGCUUUUCCCCUCCAGCUCUGGUGCAACUCUUUUUACCUCGGCUCUGGUGCAACUCUCUCCAUCUCCAGCUCUAA